AUGCCUUGGAAUCGACGUGCCAAUAUGGCCGUUUGCACCGUGAAUCAAUGGGCUUUGGACUUCAGUGGGAAUCUGAAGAGGAUUCUGAAAAGUGAGUUUUAGAAUCGUAAAAUUAGAUUCCAGAUAUAGAAAAUCUUAAUUUAUAUCUGCUAUAAUACUUUAUUUAGCAUGCAAAGAAGCCUACGAGAUAGGAGCACGAAUCCGUUUGGGACCUGAGCUGGAGAUCUGUGGGUAUGGAUGUGCUGAUCAUUUCUUCGAACUGGAUACUCAGAAUCAUUCCUGGGAGGUGUUGAAGAGCAUUGUGGAUGAGUCUAACAAUGUAAAGACUGUUUUGAGGUUUAUUUUAGCUAGAUUUAUAUUAUACAUGGUGUUAUAGAUGAUUUUGGGCUUAAUUUUAUAUUAUUCUUGAUGUUUUUGAGGAGUUUUGAUGUGAAAACUAAAUUUACUGGUCGAGACAUUGUAGCUUAUGAUCUAGUAGAUGUAAAAAGAUAUAAUACUGACAUUUUAAAGUAGUUUUACCAUAUUAAAAAUUGUAUUUUAGUUAAAUUUUGUAUUAUCUUUGAUGUUUUUGAUCAUUUUUGAUAUUUUCUUGAUGUUAUUGAUAUAAAAACUAAAUUUACUGGUCGAAAAAUAGAAGAUUACGAAGUUUUAGACUUAGAACAAUAUAAUACCGACAUUGUAAAGCAGUUUUACGACAUUAAAAACCGUAUUUUAGCUGCCAAACCUCCUCAUAAUCACUGGAAUGCCUAUAAGAUACGAAAUCUCACUUUACAAUUGUCUGGUUGCUGUAUGUAAUGGUAAAAUCCUGUCGAUAUACCCAAAAAGCGCCCUUUGUGAUGAUGAUGUCUAUCGGGAAACGAGAUACUUCACUUCAUGGAAGAGGCGACAUGAAUAUGUCGAGUUCAAGAUUGACUCUGAAUAUGGCUUUGAGCAGGUAUGGUCAAAUAUGUAUGGUAAUAUGUGGUCAUUUAUGGACUUACAUAGUUCUUUGUGUUGGUAAUGGCAUCUCGCUUCCAGGAGUACGCCCCCUUUGGCGAUGUCUUUGUCCAAAGUGCUGAUGGAGUACGAGUUGGUUUCGAGCUGUGCGAAGAGUUGUGGACCGCCAAAACCAAAGCGGUCGAUUUAACAUUACAUGCGGUCGAUAUUGUCUGUAAUGGAUCAGGUUCACAUCAUGUGUUAGGCAAGUCUCAUCAACGUAUCAAUCAACUUGUCCUUGGCCAAACUCAAAAACUGGGCGGAGUUUACCUUUACUCGAAUCAUCGUGGCUGUGAUGGUGAUCGUGUUUACUAUGACGGAAUGUCAUCGAUUGUAAUGAAUGGAAAGCUAUAUGCUCAGAUUAACCAAUUUGAUAUUGAGGAUACUGUAAGUUUUUUGGGGUUUUAGAAGUUUUUUUUGGUAUUUUAGAAGGUUUUUUGGACAAAAAAUGGCAAUUUAGAAAGAUUUUGAUAUGGUUACUCUAGUUUUACCGCGGUUUUCAAACGACUUUGAAAAAUUUCGGAAAAAUGAGUUGAUACGUUUUGUAAAGCAUAUAAAAAUGUACAUUUUGUCAAAUUUUUGUGAAGUUAUAUCUUUUCGCCGCAGGGUUAUAUUAUUUUAAACUUGCCACAUACUCCAAUUUUUUGAAAAAAAAUCAAAAUAAUCGCUAUGAUGCUACUUUUAAGCCUAUAAUAUGGUUUUUCAAGCAUUUCAAAGUGUAAAAAAAGUUUCUGCAUAAAAAAAUUUUUUAAAUACAUUAAUUUCACAGUUUAAAAUUCAAAAACAUUGACUAGGUCAAAUCAAAACGAAUCAAGAAGAGAAGAAGAGCACUUUCGAACGGUGCUUCCGUGGCGCAAUCGGUUAGCGCGUUCGGCUGUUAACCGAAAGGUUGGUGGUUCGAGUCCACCCGGGAGCGAGUAUCUCUUUGGACUUUUUUAGAGAAAACGAUGGGGAAAUUGCUUGUUUUAGGUAACAUAGAAGUUUCAUAAAUUAUUUUUGUUAAUUUUUGAGUUGUUUGAGCUGCAUUUUUUUAAUGUUUUUGAAGGGAUUUGAUCAUAAAAUGAUGUGAAGGCAUAAGAUAAUGUUUGAUAUUUCAGUGUGUUACUAACAGUGUACUGGAUUUGGACGAAAUUACUGUUUUUAGGAACAAGAAGAGUCUUUGUGAACAGGUAAGCUAAAAAAAUAUUUUUAUUUUUGAAAAUUUUUCAAAAUUCUUAAAAGCUUAUCAAAAAACGUCAUUUUAAAAAGUUAUAACGUAUAAAACACUAUUUUCAGUCAUCAAGGGAGCCACAGAUACCAUUCAUUCGAUUUGAAGCUAAUUUACUGGAAUCUCCUCAACAAUUCACGGUACCAUUAUCGAAGCCAAUUAGUACCAGACAGCGGUCGGACGAAGAUGAGUUGUGCCAUGCGCCACCAGCAUGGUUAUGGUCAUAUCUACGACGCAGUAAAAUGGUAAUUUUUUAAUGUUUUGGAGCAGUAAUUACGGUUUAUCAUCAGGACUUGUGGUUUAUCAUGGUGUAUAUUAGCUAAAAUAAUGUAUAAAGUAGCCUUUUUAAGGGUUUUUGGAGUUAUGUUAAGCUGUAAACUUAGGUUAUAGUAUUAAGAGUUAUAAAAAAUGGUUAUUUUAGUCCGGCUUCUUCUUACCUUUGAGUGGGGGUCAGGACUCGGCUUCAGUAGCAGUUAUGGUAAGGUUAAUGUGCGAGAAGGUGUGCAAGGCUUCGAGAGAGAACAAAGGUGCGUUUUUAUUUAUAAUAGUUAUACAUAUUUACUGUUUUUUUUAUUUACUGUUUACUGUGGGACUAUAUUUUCAUUACAAAAACUAUUUUUUUUAUCUUUGCACUGUUCACAAUUUUAAGACUGCACGGUGCAGCUAUUAAAUUAUGGCAUUUUGCAGCUAAUGCCAGAACUUUUAGGACAAGCUAAUGAUACUAAAAGAAUUAGUUUCAAUAGCAGUUUUUUAUUUUAAAAUUUUAAAAAAUUUGAUUUGGUUUUGGGACUUUUAUGAUUUUUAAAAAUACUUGCACGGUGCAACGUUUUUUGAUUGCACCGUGCAGUUUUUAUAACUCUUUGAUUUCAAAUUUAAAAUGACGAGUUGAUAUCUUUUUUUAUGAUUGAGUGCCUAGGCGUAUUUUACAACAGGUUUUAGUUUAAAAAAAUUUUUCAUUAAUUUUAAAAAUUUUUUGGUUUCACCAUGAAAUUUGGCAUUAUGCACCAAAUAAACAUUCCUUUCAGACAAAGAAGACUCGGCCUACUAUUUCCAAGGUCAACGUGUUCCGGAUGAUCCGGCCGAGUUCUGUUCGCAGGUACUGUACUCAGUCUAUAUGGGUACUAAGAAUUCGUCGGAGGAAACCAAAAAAGCGGCCCAAGACUUGGCCACGGCCAUCAAUUCGAACCAUUCCAGCAUUGUGGUGGACACGGCCAUAGAUGCGUUGUUGGGAGUUUUUAAAUUGAGCUUUGGAUUGGCAUUGACUUUUUCGGUAAGGUAUUAUAUUGAUGAGUAGAGAGCGUACUGUUGCGUACUGUAACAUAAAAUUGUAAAUAUUGUAAAAUUUGGUUAUAUGUAAUUGUAAAGCAUUAAAAGUUAAGUAUUUUCUGAAAUUUUUGACAAGAUAUCUCACAGUACAGCGAAGUUACGGUACUUUAAAAAUACAUGAUGUAGGGUUACUGUAACAAGAAAUUUUAAAAUUUCAAAAAUUGGUUGAUAGCGGUUUUUAAGGCAUUGAAAGCAAAGUAUUUUUAGAAAUUUUUGUUUUGAAAUCUUACGGUACAGCGGAGCUACAGUACUUAAAAAAUGCAUUGUGCAGGGUUACUGUAACAAUAAUUGUGAAAAUUUCAAAAAUUGGUCGAUAGGGAUUUGUAAAGCAUAACAAGUUGUUUGGUUUCUGAAAUUUUUUAAUGAUAUUCUACUUUACAACCUUGUUACAUUACUUUAAAGAUAAACAAUGUAAGAGGGUUACUGUAACAAAAAAUUUUUUUUUGAAAAAGUUGGUUGGAAAGUUUUGUAAAGCAUAAAAAGUAGUGUAUUUUGGGAAUUCUUUGCUUUGUUACCUUUUCUUACAACGAAGUUACAUUACUUUAAAGCAUUGUAUAUCAAGGUUACUAUAGCGUAAAUCAUUUUUAAGGCUUACAUUGUUAGUAAAGUACAGCAAUUUGAAAAUAAGUCUAAAACUAUAACAAAGAGUUAAAUUUUAGUCCCCAGACAACCGUGUCAUAAUGGCCCUGCAGAACAUCCAAGCCCGUAUCCGCAUGGUUCUGUCAUAUCUCUACGCCCAAGCCUCUUUAGUAUAUUACAAUCGACCGGGCUCGUUACUGGUGUUAGCUACAUCAAAUGUGGACGAAAGUUUGAUUGGAUAUGUGACAAAGUACGACUGUUCUAGUGGAGACUUGAAUCCGAUCGGAUCGAUCUGCAAAAAGGACCUGAGGGCAUUUUUGAAAUAUGUUCAUCAAGAGUACAAAUGGGCUGGACUGGAGGUAAAAUACGGUUUAAUAAUUAUUGAUAAUAUUUAAUGCUUUUUGAAGUUGUGUUUUUGAUUACGCGUAAAGGAUUUUUUUGGUUUGAACAAAAAAAACAGGUUUUGAACACAAUACCAAUUUGGCGGGAAAUUUAAACACGAUUUUUUAAAUGUGCAAAGUAAAAUUUCAAACUUUGUCUAAUCAUUGGAUAGGCACGAAAUUUCUGUGGCUAACAUUUUGUGGCAGUGUGAUGUUUUUAAACUAUUUUAUGACUUUUUUUAAAUUUGGCGCGAAAUUCAAACAUGAAUUUUUAAAAGUGAAAAUUAAAACCUGAUUUUUUUUGGGCUUAUUUGGUAUGACACGGAGGUGUUGUGUAUAAAAUUUUAGUUUAGUUUAAGGAUUUUUAAACGAUUUAUGGCAUUUUUUUAAGUUGGCGGGAAAUUCAAGUAUGAAUUUUUAAAAGUGCAAGUUAGGUUUUCCGAUUUUGAAUACUUAUUGGGUAUGGCACAGUAGUAUUGCGUCUAAAAUUUUAGGCUUGUCUGAGGAUUUUUAAACGAUUUAUGACAUUUUUUAAUUUUGGCGGGAAAUUCAAAUACGAAUUUUUCAAAGUGCAAAUUAGAACCUGAAAUGUUGUAUGCUUAUUAUAGAUGGUAUGAUGAUGUUGUACGUACAUUUUUAGCUAAAUCUGAAGUCUAUUUGUCGUUUAGUGAUCAAAAGUUUUAAAUUUUUUUAAAAUUAAAAAUUUUUUUUGAAAAUUUAAAUUUUUUUAAGACCGCGAUGUUUUAAAUUCUGAUGUCAUUUGUGUUUACAGUUUUCAACUUUGUAUUUAACACUUCAUAUUUAGGCAAUAAUGGACGCGGUUCCAACCGCCGAGCUACGUCCUCUAGAAGACGGCAAAGUAGUCCAAACCGACGAAGACGAAAUCGGCCUAACAUACGACGAACUGGCAGUAAUUGGCAAGCUGCGACGACCCGGAGGCUGUGGUCCAUAUGCCUUAUUCCUGAAGCUGUUACCUCUAUGGUCUGAGCGAUAUUCACCUAGACAGGUGGCUGACAAAGUGGGUUGUUGCCAUUUCUAAAUCGAAUAUUUGAAAAAUAUUACUUAAAAAUGACUAUAUCUUACCACAAGGAUCUCAAAUUUGAUAUGUAGUUUGAUAAUUUAGGUAAAGAUCUUUACCCGCCGCUACGCCAUCAAUCGUCACAAGGCUACGGUGGCUACACCGUCGUGUCACUGUAACAACUACUCUAACGAUGAUCACCGCAACGACCAUCGACCCUUCUUGUACCCGGACUUUGAGUUCCAGUACAAGAAGAUCGAUCAGAUCGUCAAGGAAUUGGAGCAAUAA